CUUCUUUAACAACCCAAUAAACACCACAAAAACAAAACAAAAAACCAAGUGUAGAAACUUUCCUUGAGCCAGGAACUCUCCUUGUCGUCCCAAAAUCCGUACCUGGGAAAACAGUUCGAUCUCUGAAGUUGAGUUAUAGUUAUUGUUUUUAACAUGUCAUCAGCGCAAGACCCGUUUUAUAUUGUGAAAGAGGAGAUUCAAGAAUCUAUUGACAAGUUGCAAUCUUCUUUUCACCAAUGGGAACGGAUUUCUUGUGAUAUGGGAGACCAAGUGCAUCUUACAAAGGACCUGCUUGCUGCUUGUGAGAGCAUUGAGUGGCAGGUGGAUGAAUUGGACAAAGCAAUUUCUGUAGCAGGUAGAGAUCCUUCUUGGUAUGGCAUUGAUGAAGCAGAGCUCGAAAAACGGAGGAGAUGGACCAGCACUGCUCGCAAUCAGGUGGGCAAUGUGAAGAAAGCAGUAGUAGCCGGAAGAGAGGUGAAUAUUAGUGGAACUGCUAGUGUGAGUGGGAUGCGCAGAGAAUUAAUGAGGAUGCCUAAUUCUCAACAGGCUGACAAAUCCAACCAGUAUACUCAAGAUAAUGAUGAUUUUAUACAAUCAGAAUCAGAUAGACAAUUGCUUCUUAUAAAGCAACAGGAUGAGGAGUUGGAUGAGCUCAGUAUAACCAUCGGGAGACUUGGAGGUGUUGGCCUUACCAUACAUGAAGAGCUCCUUGCACAGGAAAAGAUCAUAGAUGAUUUGGGUAUGGAAAUGGACAGUACAUCGAAUCGACUUGACUUUGUUCAGAAAAAAGUUGCCAUGGUCAUGAAGAAGGCCAGUGCAAAGGGGCAACUUAUGAUGAUAUUGUUUUUGGUAGUUUUGUUCAUCAUCUUAUUUGUUCUGGUCUUUCUGACCUAAUAUAUGGAAAAACCAAUCUGAAAAUGUCCGUACAUAAGAUACAGAUGUCAUCUAUGGGAGCAAGCAUAAGGGUGACAGAGGAACACAUAAGAAGAUGGGGGCCUGAAAUGCUAUCAGAAACUAAGAACCUGAGGUGUUGGGAGUUUUUAACCGCUUUAGACUUGUUGGGAUUUGGUUUUGAGCAAUUCUGAGUUAUAAAUUACAUAUAUCACAGUUUCAUAUAAUUCUCACCUUCAUUGCA